AGUAAAACUACUAUAUCGGCUGUUAUAGAGACAAGUGUCAGAUCAACACAUUAACUCAAAGAAAAUAAAAACAAAUAGUAAUAAAACAAUUAAUAAUUAAUUAUUAAUUUUCAAUAAAAUGUCUGAAGAAUCGGAUUAUGAUACCGAAUCAAUGGAAUGUUCUAUUUAUAAAAGAAAAUACCAAUUUUUACUAGAAAGAUGUGAAGUUUUACAACAGGAUAAUGAGAGGCUUGUUCAUCGAAUUCAAAGAAUAAGAAAAAUUUUAAAAAGAACUAGAAAAGAAAAAAGGUUUUUAAUAGAUCGACUAGACAAACAUGGAGAUCAAUGGCGAGAUGCUCCAAUGGGCGUUUUAGAAGAAAAUAACACAUUUUCAGUGGCAAUAAAACCUGAAAAAGUUUCCAAAUCAGGGCAAGUAGCAAAAGAUGAUAAAGUAAACAAAAAAGGAACAAAAAGAAAAGGAGCAAAAGCCGACCCUAAUGCUCCAAAACGCCCUGCAAAUCCAUUUUUCCAGUUUUGUCAAGAACAAAGACCUCGCGUUAUGGAAAGAUUAGCUGGAGAACCAGAACCUAGUAAACAAGAAUUAACUCGACAGUUAGCAACAACAUGGAAAUCUCUUAGCUCUGAAGAUAAGAAGGUUUAUUACGACAUGUACGAACGUUCUAAAGAAAAAUACGUUGUAGAAAUGCAAAAAUAUCAUAAAAAGACGGAAGAAAUACCUACUCAAAUGUCUGCUAAUAUAUAGCGUAAUAAUAAUUGUACUUAGAUAAAAUUAAAAAUUUUUUUAAUAAAUUAAUUAAAACUUA